AUGGAUCCUAAAGCAAACAGUCCGAAAACAGAGGACGACACGACAAUGAAUCAGUGGGUGGUGAUAGAAUCGGAAGUUCCAGAAUUGGAAUUAGAAAAAAAGACAAAACUGAUUGACUCAACAGUGGACAAAUCGGAAGCAGAAGAAACAGACUCGGAAGCAAUAAUAAAAAGAUAUGGUAAUAGGAAGUAUACCACAGAUAAAGAAAAUGAUCGUGACGACAUGUACACGCGUAAUGAUAUUAGACAACAUAAAUAUUUAGACGAUGAUGAGAACAUCGACGAUCGUGCAAAUAUUUCGGACGGCAAUGAGGACUUUGAUGAGGACUUCGAUAAACGUGCAAAUAUGUGCCAUGACGUAGCGAAUCAAAAAGUCAGCCAAAGAUUCCGUAACUUGUUUAAAGACUUGGUUAUGGAGUAUCAAAAACCUGUGAAGAAGGGACAUAUAAGAAGACCUUUAGAAAAUAAAGAAGUACUAAAAAUAGUACUUGACCAACUUGACUUGUUGAAUAUAAUACAUAAGGAAUCUGUAGAAGAUGACCCUGCCAAGUUUACUAUUUAUCCAUACGACCCUGAACAUGAUGGUAGUAUGUCUGAAGCGGGGAAACUUCAAAAACAAGAGAAGAUAAAAAAAUUUGUAGACAGUGAGCGUCCACACAGUCGUCGCAAACUACGUGACUAUAAAAUAGAUAAUCUUAAAUCUGAAACUGAUAAAACAUCAGAAUGUGAGAAAACUGCAAAACCAUCCACUAGUUCCACGCAAGAGGAGAUAACAUUUAGCGUGGAUGUUCUAUUUUCCAAGAUAAAAAGCGACAAGUUCCCUAGGUUCAAAAGAUUCAUAGAGUCACUGAAUGACAAUAAACUUAACUGUAUAAAACGGCUUCUGCGUGAGCUUGUUUUUGACAUUUUCGAAGAUAAGCUAACUGUGAGCAAAUAA